AUGAUCAAACAAUUUAAAUGGCUGUCGCUGCAAGUCCUAGCUUCAAGGCUUUGUCCUCCGGGAAUUGAAGGAACCUUAUUUGCGUUACUCAUGUCAACUGAUAAUGCAGGUGUCAUGACCUCAUCUUGGCUCGGAGGAGUAUUGUUGCACGUCCUUAGGGUGACUCGUACUGAGUUUGGUAACCUAUGGCUUGCAGUUUUGGUUAGGAAUGUGAUGAGACUUUCACCGAUCUGUGUUCUGUUACUUUUGCCUGAUGGAAAUCAGAACACGGUCAAGCUCCCAGAUGAGAUUAUCGGGGAAGCUUUGGAAGAAGAGAUGUCUAUUCUUAACCCCGUUGAAGAGAUAGACAAUAUAUAG